AUGGUAGCCAAACCACCUGACCCCGAGACGCCAACUAUGAUCAAGCUUCGACUUGCCCUCCAUCACCGACGAUUCCUUUUCGAGAAGCGGAAACACGUCCGCGUCCUGAAACGUCGAAACGUCUAUCCUUCCUGGUUCAAGGUUGCAUUGGAAGUGGAGGCUGGGUCAAUUGAGCCUAAAUUCCUCGUGCUCGGAUCUCGCCUGCCGCAUAAGCCUUCUUCUUCUUCGUUCCCGAUCCCUUCCCCCGCAAAAUGCGACCAAGACCUCAACAACACCACGAUGCUCCGAGCUAGCUGCGUGUUGACCGGACACAAGAUGGCCGCAAUUCAGGGUGGCUACGAUCGCCGAAUCUGGGGAAAUGGGCCACUGACGCGUGGUCACGUACUUGUCAAUUUAUCCAAUGCCGGUUCAAAAGACAAAUGCAACCCAAGCAUCCCCAGAUUGACAGGACCCCAAGCAAUGCCAACAUGCAUGAACUUUGGACAGGGCUAG